GAGUUUCAGCGACGCCGAGCAGUCUACAGCCCCCUCGAUGACGUACCGCAUUGCAUUCGAGGGAGUCCACAACAAGAAGAAGCUGCCCACCGCAUCGCUGGACGACAAGCCGCUCGACAAGCUCAGAAAGAAGCUUCAAGACAAAGAGAUCGCUUGGAAGGACAUCCCCGAGGAACACAAGCCACUCUACCGAAAAGCCAUCGCCGAGCACUGGGAGGAAUGGAAGAAGUUUGGUUCCGUGAAGGCGCUUUCACUGGAGGAAUCUCAACAAUCCCGGACCGAGAAUGACAGCAACCGCUUCCUGCGGUCUCGCUUCGUGUUCCAUGACAAGAAUUUCAAUAUCCGCACCGAAGCUAAACCCGUGCCGGUGAAGGCCAAGGCUCGACUAUGUGCUGGAGGACAUCGUGAUCCAGAUCUACAGACAGGAGCUCUACGGACAGACGCUCCUACAGUGACGCGAACCAGUUCGCUACUGUUCUUUAUCAUGGCGGCGCGUUUCGACUGGAGCCCAGUGCGCGCCGACAUCAUGUCCGCGUUCAUGCAGGGAAAAGAGCAGCCCAGAGACAAACCUCUUUUCGUGGAGCAGCCGCCCCAAGGUCUACCAGAACUUCAACCAGGACACGCAUUACGCAUUGUCAAGGGCAUUUUUGGACUGGCGACUGCCCCGCGGAAGUGGUGGGCUACUCUCAAGAACGCACUGCGUAAGGUUGAUCUCGUGAGCAAGGAUGGCCACAAGUUCCACUUAGUUCAAAGCUUGGUGCAUCCAGCUUUAUUUGUGGGACAUGGUUCAGACGGAACUCUGCAAGCUAUUGUCUGUGACCACGUGGAUGAUUUACUGAUUGCUUCCAGUACUCAAGCCAGCUAUGGUAUAAUCAAGAAGCUGUUUCCGUUCGGAGGUUGGCAAGGGCUAGAUUUCACCUUUUGCGCCAAGGAUGUUGUCCAGCGUUCAUACGGAGCAGUUCGAAUGAGCCAGUCAGUAUUCGCCGAGAGGCUAGAACCACUCGAGUUGACCUAUGAGCGCAAACGAGAUCUAGGAUGCCCUGCCACUGAGAUCGAGAUCGCCGAGAACCGGAGCUUGAUUGGCAGUUUGGGUUGGCUCGCUACGCAAACUCGACCAGACCUAGCUGCGGGAGUUUCGAUGGCUCAGAGAGUGCAGAACUCGCCGACGGUGGCCGACCUGAUCGAGGCGAAUCGCAUCGUAUCCGAGGCCAAGCGUUACAAUGAGACCGCCAUCGCGAUCCCGAAGUUGCAGGGCGAGCUCUGCAUUCUAGUGUUCCAUGACGCUGCGUGGGCCAACGUGGACGAGCCAGACGACAAGGUAGCCGGCACCGCCUGGUGGUGUCGACGCCGCAUGCGCCCCGCCUACGCUUCGGAGGCUCCGAAGAGGCUCAAGGCUAAGAGCCGGGCGGGAUUUCUACGAUUCGUGGCCGAAAAGAGGAUCAUCCAGGACGGAGAAGGCAAGGCAGCUUUGGUUGAUUGGAG